AUGUUUCACAACACCGAGCUUCGAAAAAUCAACCCCGGAAGAAGAAUCAUCCUCCACCAAGUCAAUGCAAGCUCGCACACAGCCCAAAAAACAAGGCAGUAUUUAACGGAAGAAAACGUGGAAUCAUUGGACCAUCCUCCAUAUAGUCCCGAUCGAAGUCCUAACGAUUCCUUUACUUUCCCGAAAAUUAAAAACAGAUUGCGUGAUCAAAGGUUCCAGUCACCAGACGAAGCAGCUGACGAAUUCAAAAAUGCUGUUUUGGAUCUGCCAGCAAACGAGUGGAAUAAGUGCUUCAAAAAUUGGUUCGAGCACAUGCCGAUGUGUAUUAGUCUUCGUGGUGAAUACUUCGAAAAACAAUAA